GUGACCGACCACCCUUGCCCCAACGUCUCAAAGCUUCUUUCGCCGACGUUGAACCUCAUCUUUUUGACCACAACCUCUCUCUGUCUCUGUCUGUUGAACCAUCUCCCCUCCACCAAGAGAUCGACGUGUAAGUUGCUAUUGACUGUCUGAUCACGGAUUCAAUUGUGUCAUUUAGACUUUUUUAUGGGGUCGCCGAAUGUCUCGAUUUGCGCGCGAACUAUCUUGGCUAACUUUUGAUUCCUGAUAUUGCAUCUCAUAUUAAUAUUGAUAGUGGUACUGACAAUCGCAUAGCAAUUAUGGCCUCCUCCGCAAACACCAUCUUCCGCGCCUCGCGCCCCCUCUUCCGUCAGGCUACCCUCGCCGCGCCCGCUCGACAGGCUUUCCGUCAGCAAGCAUUCCGACAGAACUUCUACCAGGGCAACGGUCGUCGAUGGCAGAGCACUGAUGGCGCCCAGCAGCAGCAGCAGAGCUGGUUCAAGCGCAUGAUGGAGAGCGAGGUUGGCUUCAAGACUGUGCAUUUCUGGGCUCCUGUCAUGAAGUGGGCUCUUGUCCUUGCCGGUAUCUCCGACUUCGCUCGUCCCGCCGAGAAGCUCUCUUUCACUCAGAACCUCGCUCUGACCUGCACCGGUAUCAUCUGGACUCGAUGGUGCCUCAUCAUCAAGCCCAAGAACUACCUCCUCGCCGCUGUCAACUUCUUCCUCGGAAUGGUCGGCCUCGUCCAGAUCACCCGAAUUCUUAGCUACGAGUCAGCAAAGAAGAAGAGCCUGGAGGGUGUCGUUGAGGACAUUAAGGCUGACGCCAAGGAGGCCAUCCAGGAGGCCAAGCCUUAAAUGCAAUCAAGCAUGGGCAAGUUAGACAAUUGUCGAAAGGGUUGGCCUUUACUCAACAUAUCUCACGAUUUGUAAUGCCACUGUCGAUUACUCCUUACAGAGGGACUGGUUUCGAAAGGCGUGGGCCGCAAAUGGACGCUUUUAUUGCUUGAAAAGGAGGGUAUUGCAAAGCCAUUCCAGAGUCAGGGGAGCUCAGGAAAAGGUUAUCACUUUUUACAUGGUAGAUUACCACACAUAUAGUCAGCAUGUAAAACUGAGGAUGGGUUGGGUUCAACAAAUAAACAUGUACAAGACA